ACCCGAGUCUGAAAUAACUGGAGAGGCUACCAUAGUAUUCUAUUGAACGUCGUGUUAACGUUGUUAUCGUAUAUCAUAAACUGUGGUGAACUCUGGUUUACGCCAUUUUGAGACUUUCAACAUGUCGAAGAGGCAUCGUAUUGAUGUGGGCGAUUCUCACGGCAAAAGGAACAGAGAUGACGACCGAGACAAAGACCGGGACCGGGAUCGGGAUCGGGACAGAGAUAAGGACAAGGACAAGCCCAAGUCCAUAUUUGAGCAGUUCAACAUCCCGAGACCCACGCUGCAGAUGAAUCCCUUCACAGGGAUGCCCUACUCCCCCCGCUACUACCAGCUGCUCAACAAGCGGAUGACGCUGCCAGUCUGGGAGUACAAGGAAAAAUUCAUGGAGAUGAUGACCAAAUACCAGACCAUUGUCCUGGUGGGAGAAACUGGCUCUGGCAAGACCACACAGAUCCCCCAAUGGUGCCUUGAGUGGGUGCGAGCUCGGUUUGCCAAGAAGGCUGUUGCGUGUACACAGCCUAGAAGGGUGGCGGCCAUGUCGGUGGCUCAGCGUGUGUCAGAGGAGAUGGAUGUCGGCCUGGGGCAGGAAGUGGGAUACAACAUCCGUUUUGAGGAUUGCACCUCAUCUAAAACAGUCAUGAAGUACAUGACAGAUGGUAUGUUACUGAGAGAGGCCAUGUCGGACCCCCUACUUGAAGCUUAUGGAGUCAUCAUGUUGGAUGAAGCUCACGAGCGUACCCUUGCGACUGACAUCCUCAUGGGCCUGUUAAAGGAGGUCGCCAAACAGCGAUCGGAUCUCAAGAUUGUUGUCAUGAGCGCUACCCUCGAUGCCGGCAAAUUCCAGCACUAUUUUGACAAGGCCCCACUGAUGAGUGUCCCUGGUCGUACACAUCCUGUGGAGAUCUUCUACACACCCGAGCCAGAGCGUGACUACCUGGAGGCCGCCAUCAGGACUGUCGUACAGAUCCACAUGUGUGAGGAGGGAGACGGAGACAUUCUUCUCUUCUUGACAGGACAGGAGGAGAUUGACGAGGCGUGCAAGAGACUGUCUCGGGAGGUGGACAACCUGGGUCCUGACGUGGGCAACUUGAAGUGUAUCCCUUUGUACUCAACCCUCCCCCCAGCCCAGCAACAGCGCAUCUUCGAGCCUGCCCCUGCCAAGAAGCCCAACGGAGCCAUCGGGAGGAAGGUGGUGGUCUCCACCAACAUUGCUGAAACAUCCCUGACAAUUGAUGGUGUUGUGUUUGUGAUAGACCCUGGCUUUGCCAAACAGAAGGUGUACAACCCCCGUAUCCGAGUGGAGUCUCUCCUGGUGACUGCCAUCAGUAAAGCCAGCGCCCAGCAGCGAGCCGGCCGAGCUGGCAGGACUCAGCCGGGGAAGUGUUUCCGUCUGUACACGGAGAAGGCGUACAAGCAGGAGAUGCAGGACAACACGUACCCUGAGAUCCUCCGGUCCAACCUCGGCUCUGUAGUGCUGCAACUCAAGAAGCUUGGUAUCGAUGAUCUCGUGCACUUCGACUUCAUGGAUCCACCUGCUCCUGAGACGUUGAUGAGGGCACUGGAGUUGUUGAACUACCUGGCAGCCCUUGAUGACGACGGAGAGAUCACAGAACUCGGCUCCAUGAUGGCUGAGUUUCCACUGGAUCCACAGCUCGCUAAAAUGGUUAUUGCCAGCUGUGAUUUCAGCUGUUCCAACGAGAUUCUGUCGAUAACGGCCAUGUUGUCAGUCCCGCAGUGCUUCGUUCGACCGGCUGAGGCCAAGAAACCUGCAGACGAGGCUAAGAUGAGGUUCGCCCACAUCGAUGGUGAUCACCUCACUCUGCUCAACGUAUACCAUGCUUUCAAGCAAAACCAGGAGGACCAGCAAUGGUGUUAUGACAACUUCAUCAACUUCCGGUCACUGAAGAGCGCGGACAAUGUGCGGCAGCAGCUUGCUCGCAUCAUGGAUCGCUUCAACCUGAGGCGGUCCAGCACUGACUUCACCAGCCGAGACUACUACAUCAACAUCAGGAAGGCGUUAGUCUCCGGUUACUUCAUGCAGAUCGCUCACCUGGAGCGGACGGGUCACUACUUGACUGUGAAGGACAACCAGGUAGUACAGCUUCACCCGUCCACCGUCCUCGACCACAAGCCGGAGUGGGUGCUCUACAAUGAGUUUGUGCUCACCACCAAGAACUACAUCAGGACUGUCACGGAUAUCAAGCCAGAGUGGUUGAUCAAGAUCGCGCCCCAGUACUACGACAUGUCCAACUUCCCCAACUGCGAGGCCCGACGGAUGCUGGAGAGGAUCAUUGCCAAGCUGGAGAGCAAGCAGUACCAAGAAGGCUUUUGAUCAGCCUUGCCUAUAGGAAAUGUCAGCUACUGUUACUAUAUUGUGCAAGAUCUGGGACCAAUAUCUCCAAGGCCGGCCCUCGUACAUGUAGGCCGAGGUUGCACCUGUCUGUAUCUGAAGUUGCCCUGUGAUCCAACUGGGACUGAUAUCUAAGGCCCUUAUUGAUGUAGACUUAGGUGCUCCUGUACCCAAUGUGUGCUCUGUGUUCAGCUGUGAUUCUAUGGACCCAGGAUACAAGGUUAAAAUUGAAGCGUUAAUUGCCCAGUGCUAAGCUGGGGCCAAGUCCUGUAAUCGUGACAAGGAUGCAAGGUUACGGCAAUGUGUAUCCAAGACAUUACGUUCCCACCGUUCAAAAUCAACAAACCUGUCUUGUAUUUAAGACGCUACCAUGUCUACUAGUCAGCUUACCAAAAUGUAAUCUAUAUCAGUCUAUCAAUGACAGAUUACCCUCACAAAAAAUGGACGAUGUCGAAAGUUAUUAUGGAGCAGUGAAUACACAUGGGCAACACACCUCAGCGAAGGACAAGGACAUGGAACAUGUAGGACACUAGAUACAGAUUUGUAUCUGCAUUACUACAUGUACUGCUUCAAGCAUCAAUGGCUGAAAGCUGUGUACCGCAUUGGACAGUUGAGUUUCCUUUGAGGGACUGACAUACAGACAUGGUCAACGCUUGGAGGACAAGUGGGCAAUUAAUGUCAUGUUGCAGCACUUGAAGUACAAGUGCCAUUUGUAUAUAAAUAUGCACUUAAUGUUUGCUAGCAUCGUGUGUACAGGGCAGAUCUAAGUGGUGCCAAGAGUCUGGGUUUGAACCCAGGCAGGAAGUGCUAAUGUGUGAUAGAUCGUGGACAUAAGUAUUACAUGUUGUUGAACAUCAUCUCAUGAAACUGUUUCCGUUUCCGAAAUCAUUGCCACCGUUUUGUUUCAUUUUUAAGGUAGAAGUAAACAGAGAAAGAAUGAUUUCAAAUUGUUCUGUUUUGUGACUAUGGUUACUGGACUGUAGAUCAUUCGAUACCAGACUGGAAUUUUUCAGCUUUGUUUGUUUCAUUGGUGUAAUAGGGAAUCAAAGUUAUUCAUCUCAUUUAUUUUGAAUGAAAGGAUUAUGAAAGUGAAAAUGUCGACCCCCAUGACCACAUGGUGGAUUGUGCUUUUUGGACUGUUGAGUGAAUUUGUUGUGGUUGCAAAUAACAAAGAUGUUUUUCCAUACUGUUUAUCAUACUCCAUAGUAGUCGUCGCAGCAAUGCCUUGUCACUAAUCCUCCCACUGGCUGUAAACUUGCUGAUGUAGCAUGAAGUGUAUACUCUCUGUCUCUCAAAUAUCUACUCACACCCUGGGGAACGACUAUGAGUUCUGCCUCCAUCAUCCAAGAAGAUGACAUCGCCCCUUUCACAUCAUAACAAGUAGUUGUGGUCGUUUCCCGUGUUUCUGUGCAACACUCACCUGUGAUACCAGUCUAUCUUGGUAUGGCUUUCUGGAGAUUGAUGAAAUAUGUGUGCAAGUACACGUAAACAUCACAGUACAAGAUCUCUUCACUGUUGCCUGUCAGGGCCUCCAUGUAGGGCGGACAUGAAAUAUCUUGUGAAUGUGUGAACUUGAGCAUGUGUGAAACAAAGUCUGUUGUAUGACUUGUGUUGACCCGAUCUCGUAAGAGAUGCCAUGGUAUAGAAGGUAGAGGGAGUAUGAGCUGUCCAAGACAGUGAUUAAAGUUGGUCCUUCUGCUAGUCCGAUCCUUGUGCGCCAGACUAGUAAACAUACCAUCCUCGAUAGACAAGUUCUUUCAGUACUUCACAGUACCACUACAGAAUGUCAGGUAAUAUUUUUAUAAAGUUUAAAUAAGCUGUGUUAGGUUUGUAAUUGGAUUACACUUUUGUAAGAAAUAUUCUCAAACUUAUUAUUUAUUCUUAAUUUCAUAUCAAAACUUGAUCAAUUUAUUAUGCCUUUCUGUUUAUCAACUAAUUUUGCCAUUAUCAUUAGUAAGAUAUUUUGAAAUACAAACAGUCUUUGAUAGAACAGCAUUCUAAAAAUUCUGACAGUCAAUGUAUAAGAAUGUUCCUCAAAGACAUUCCUGAGUUUGAAGGUUUGUGUUGUCAACAUUUAAACAUUUGCAUUAAAUCAGAUUGAAUUGAAACAAGGGUACUUUGUUUGUGCAGCAAGCACCUGGUACAUCUAUGUACAGGUGUAUGUUACUUGAUGCCUUUUGCUGUCAAUGGCAUUCUUCUGUCUGGAUUUUUUAAUUGGUUAGUUCAAGUAUAUUUCCGAUCGCCUGAUUCUUUGUUAAACUUCAGUAACCGAAGAAGUUGUGUAUUUGUCGAUGUGUUCUUAUGAAUGUUACCUCAAUUUUAUCAUCUGAUUCAUUUUGCACAUGAGAGGAAAUAAAAUGUAAAUAAAG